AAAACUCAACAGCGUUUUAUUGCCCGGGCAUUGAUUGAGAUAUGCGAAAAUUUAGUUACUUUUUGUACGGAGCGACUUUCAGUUUACUCACUGCUCGGCUGCUGGUUUAUUCGGCGAAUCGAUGAUAUAAAAUUUAAACUUUUGUGUGUGCAAUGUCUAGUUAACGCCUUGCCGAAUUUUUUUUAUAGAGAUUUUCCAUCAAAAAGUAGUUAAAAAUAAAAUAUUUUUACUAUAAAAGUAUAUGUACGUCCAUACACAAGCGCUUAAGUGCACUUUGAAGGCCAGUAAAAAUGUCGAAUUUUGUUAAUGGUGUGCGUAGCCUCUUCCGUCGUCAUCCAUUUCUCACCAACAGCGCCAUCUAUGGCAGUUUGUAUGUGGGAGCGGAGUACUCACAGCAAUAUCUGAUGAAACGUGUCCUGCCGGAAACCGAGGCCGAGAAAGAAGAUAUUGAUUAUGCCACAAUUGGUCGUUAUGCAGUAAUGGGUACGGCCAUUUAUGCACCAACACUCUAUCCAUGGUACAAAUGGCUCGAUCGCACGUUUCCCGGCAUUGCCACACAGACCAUCGUGAAAAAAUUGGUGCUGGAUCAAUUUGUCUUGACACCCUACUUGCUUACCGUGUUCUAUACAGGCAUGUCACUGAUGGAGCAGGCUGAGGAUCCCUUCAAGGAGUUACGUGAGAAAUUCGUGCCGACAUUUGCGCGCUCUUGCUUUUUCUGGUUGCCAGCGCAAACAUUAAAUUUCGUCUUGAUCGCACCGAGAUUUCGUGUGAUCUAUAUGGGUGUUUGUGGUUUUAUUUGGGUGAAUAUUUUAUGUUGGAUUAAAAGACAACGACGAGAGGUGUUGCAAGUGGAGCAGGAAGCGGAACUGAAGGAAAUUGCUGAAGAGAAGAUUUAAGGCGACGAAAUGUAGGCUUAGAUAGUAUAAAAUACAAUAAUAAUAAUUUAGUUAACUGACGAAUGCAUUGCUUUAGAUUUGAACACUUUAUUGAAAUAUUUUUUAUGUUUUUAGUAAUAAAGAAGCUUAAUAUAAAAUUAUUUUUAAAAUGAAAUA